UAAUCCAGUUGAAGGAGAAGGAGCUGCAGGAGCUGAGGAAGGCUGUGGAGACUCUCAAGACAGCAGUGGAGGAGAGUGAGAGGAUGUUUACUGAGAUGAUCCGCUCCAUUGAGAGAAGGUGCUCUGAAGUGACAGAGCUGAUCAGAGCUCAGGAGAAGGCUGAGGUGAGUCGAGCUGAAGGACUCCUGAAGCGACUGGAGCAGGAGAUUGCUGAGCUGAAGAGGACAGAUGCUGAGAUGAAGCAGCUUUCACUGACACAGGAUCCCAUCCAUUUCCUCAAGAACAUUGUGUCCAUCACUGGGAGGCCUUACAGCACAAUUUCAACCAGCGUGACCUUCAGCCAAAGCUUCUCCUUGGAGCCCCUGAAGAAAUCUGUGUCUGCACUGAAGAUGCAGCUGGAGGAGAAAUUAAAUUCAGUCUUCAAGCAGGAAAUAGUCAAGAUAUCUGCAGCAGCAGUGACAAAUGUCCAGAUCAUCCAGAACAUACAGUUGUCUGAUGGCCAGGCUCUUACUGCUGAACCAGUGACCAGAGAGGACUUCUUACACUAUUCCUGUCACUUCACUCUGGAUCCAAACACAGCACACAGAGUCCUCCGUCUGUCUGAGGGGAACAGGAGGGUGGAGAGGAGAGAUGGGGACCCCCAGUCAUAUCCUGAUCAUCCAGACAGAUUUGAUAUGUGGCGGCAGGUGCUGUGUAGAGAGGGUGUGUCUGCACGCUGCUACUGGGAGGUUGAGAGGAGUGGAGUGGUCUAUAUAGCAGUGUCAUAUAAAAGCAUCAGCAGGAAAGGAGCGGGUUUUGAGUGUGGGUUUGGAAAUAAUGAUCAGUCCUGGAUGCUGCUCCUCAACAGCUACAGCUCCUCUUUCAUGCACAAUAAUAAAGAGACUGAACUCCCUCUAGUGGCCAGCUCCAGAAUAGGAGUGUAUGUGGAUCACAGGGCAGGAACUCUGGCCUUCUACAGCAUCUCUGGAGACACAAUGACCCUCCUGCACAGAGUCCACACCACAUUCACACACUCUCUCUACCCUGGGUUUGGGGUAUAUGAUCAUGGAUCAUCAGUGAAACUGUUGUGAGGCCCCUACAGGUAAAUGCUGCUCAUCUGGGUCACUUAACACAC